AUGAAGGAAUUAUACUUACCGAUCGUCGCCAUCUUGGCAGUGGGCACAGGUGAUGCUUCCGCCGAAAUUUUAAAGGAAUGUCCACCGUACAACUCUGUGGAUACUACAGUUUACAUAGCCCACGAAUUUGACUGUACCAAGUUCUACAAAUGCUUCAUGGGCGAAAAGUAUGAAAUGGACUGCGAUUCGGAUAACCAUGGCAAUAAACUGUACUUUAAUCCGGAUCUGCAAAUGUGUGAUUGGCGGUGGAACGUGACAUGCAAAAACGAGCCCGAUCGUGAGUGUGCUAUGGUUAACAACGGGUUCGUAUGGCCUAACCCGUUCGAUUGCAGUUCAUACUACAUGUGCGGCGAAGGCAAAAAAUGGGUGCGAUAUUGCGACGAAGGAAUGUUGUUUGAUCCUGCACAGCUGCGGUGUCGAAUUGACCAAGACAUGACCUGUAACAAUCUCCCAGAAAAGUGUCCACCACCGGGAUCAUCUCAGACUAUGCUUUUGCCUUACGAAUGCAGCUGUUCCGAAUAUUACGAAUGCUCCAAUGGGGAUGCAUUUCUCAGACACUGUCAUUCCGGGGAGCUGUUCGACCGUAAACUCAAAAAAUGUGUCUCAAAAGAAAUAGCAGAUUGUAAUCUCGUUUUGCCAACUACAAACCCUUUGCUUGAUACCAACGAUACGGAUAAAAUUCGCACGUCUCGAUGUCCAGCGAAUGGUUCUCAUGAGAUUGUAUAUUUACCGCACGAAUGCAUGUGUAACAUGUAUUUUCUUUGCAAGGACGGAGAACUAAUUCGUCAGUUUUGUCCAAAGGGUGAAGUGUUUGAUGACGUCAACCAAGUAUGCGACUUUCCAACGAUUACUUCAGAACCCACAGAAUCUACGGAAUCGUCAACGAUAACUACAAUACCUACAAAGCCUACCGAUCCUUCAGCAAACGGACGGUGUCCACCCUCGGGUCAUGUGAAAAUUCCUCAUGAGACUGAUUGUAAUCGGUAUUACGAAUGCUUAAACGGUGUGGAGAAACCUAGUAAAUGUCUCGAUGGCCAUUACUUUAACGAACUAUUGCAAAUAUGCGAUUUACCCGAAAACACGAAAUGCCAUUCAUCUAAAGACGCCGAAUGUUCCACGGAUUUUCGUUGCGGUAUUAUUCGUUUCCCUGAUCACGUGAACUGUUCUUUGUAUCAUCAAUGUGAAAAUGGCAGGAAAGUGUUAAAGGAAUGCUCCCCAAAUCUCCUAUAUAAUCCGGAUAAGGAAAUGUGCGACUUGCCUCGGUACGUGAAUUGCAGUCAGGUAACGCAACAUUGUAUACCAGGGGAUAAAACACCUCACGAGUGUCGUUGCGAUACGUACUACAUAUGCAGCGCGGAUGGAAUGCACAAAACUCUACAAUUGUGUGAUCAAGGAUCGAUAUUCGAUUACAUGAGAAAAGAGUGCGACGCGCCUGUAAAAAGCAAAUGUUGGAGAAAAGAAAAGUCGCAAAUAUGUGAUCCAGGAGAAUGGUUACCCCAUGAGUAUCGAUGCGACGAGUAUUAUGAAUGCUCUAAGGAUGGGAAAAUGAAAAUUCUUAGACAGUGCACCGAAGGAUUGCGUUUCAAUCGCGAGAGGAAAAUGUGCGACAAGGAUGCGAAUGCCAAGUGUUGGGGAAAUAGCGAUUCACUGUUAUGCGAGCCAAAUGAACUGUUGCCACACGAGUGUCAAUGUGACAAGUAUUACGAAUGCGCGAGGGACGGGCAAAGCAAAAUUCUUCGAAAUUGCAAAAAAGGAUUACUAUUCGAUUCCGAGAGGAACGAAUGCGUCGCGCAAGAUAGAGUCAAUCGUUGGUGUGAUCUAAACUCUCGUAACGAUAUUGAACACGGUCUGGGGUGCAUUGAUACCUGCCCGCCGCACGAUUCAUUACCCUACACCGUGCAUUUGCCACACCAAGAUUGUUCGAAAUUCUGUAAAUGCAGUAACGGAAUACCGUACAUAAUGAAAUGCCCGCAGGGUCUCCAUUUCAGCAAAACGGAUGCGAUCUGCACGUAUCCACGAGAAGCUGAUUGCAACACGUUGAACGCUUGA